GCCGCGGUACCCGUUGUGCAGGGGAAGUUGCCAUGGAGGCCAACAACUCCUACUGCGGUGUGGGCAUCGCCUUCAAUGGCGCGGGAUCAGAGGGCGAAGGUGGUGAGGGCAGCGUCUCUGCGUGGGCGGCAGGUAACGGUGGGAUGCGGCGUGACCGCCGCUGUGCAGACGGCAUCGAUGACUCCAUCUGCACUAUUGCCACCGGCGCCGUCAAUCAGAGCAUUAAGCCCGCCCACUUCGGCAAACCCCUGGCUUGGAUUGACGGCCGUCGGCCCGGCGGGGGCCGGCGUGGGAGGCUCGCUACCUUUGGUUAGUGCGCACGUAACGCCUAACACAUCUAAGAACAGUGU